AACCCUCCCUGCAGCCGCUGAAUCACUUGGUCUGUCCAGCUCCUCAAGUCGCAUCAUGCCUCAACUAUCAAAAGACGAAAUCGAGGAGGUCACCGAGGUGUUCGAUCUUUUCGAUUUCUGGGAUGGUCGUGAUGGCGCCGUCGACGCUGCCAAGACCGGCGACAUGUUGUACUGUCUGGGCCUCAACCCUACCAUGACCACCAUCAUGAAGAACGGAGGUGUGGAGAAGUUCGGAGAGAAGAACUACAAACUGGAGGAGUUCCUGCCCAUCUACCAGACCGUCAUGCAGAUCAAGGACACAGGCACCUACGCCGACUUCAUGGAGGCUUUCAAGACAUUCGACAGGGAAGGCCAGGGCUUCAUCUCAUCUGCUGAGCUGAGGCACGUUCUGACAUCUCUGGGAGACAGACUGACCGACACCCAGAUGGACGACAUCAUCAAGUGCACCGACUUGAGAGAGGAUCUGGAGGGCAACGUCAAGUACGAGGACUUCAUCUCCAAGGUCAUGGCCGGACCCUACCCAGACAAAUAGACACUCUGUCCUCUAGAUAUUAAAGACCUCGCAAUGACGUGCGAAGAAAGAGACAUUUGUGUAACUGUUACAAAAGCAUUGACAUAUUUAACACUGAUCUACAGUGACAUGGCUGAACAAACAAAUAGACUCUUGUUCACUUCCACUGUAGAUGCACAGGUUGUCUGUUGUACAUAGAAGAUGUAAAGGCUGUAAAGGGUACUUAGUUUCUCUUUCCCCGUGUACAUAUACACCACUGUAGUAUUUAUGUCGAUACAUUUAGUCGUAAUGUACUAUGUAGUAUUUUGUAGUCACUAGAACCAGCGUACAAUAAAAAUGAUUAGCAUGAAAA